GAUUGGAUCAACUACCAUGGUUUCAAAACACAAUAGGGCAAAAAUAGACAGAUGAUUCAAUAAUUUUAUUUGCAAUAUCUGUUUCGAGAAUUAGUACAACGAUUUAUGCUUUUUGAUGCACUUCAUUUUUUGUCGCCGAUGAUGCAGUCACAGCAAAGGGCAGAAAACUAAGCCCAAAAAGGGCAGUUCAUUGGCUUGGCUCUUCAGCCUCGUCUCUUCUUUUUCUUGUCAUUGCCGGCUAAUCAUGGGAUUUCGGCAUGCAAAUGAUCCUGAAGAUAUCACUAACCAAUAUGCCGCCGCCAACGAAGAAGCGGUUCCAUUAACCAUCUCCGUCAACCGACGAGAUGAAAAACGAGAUUGGUUGGACGAAGUGUCGCCCGAACUGGAACCGUACCUGAACACCCCGCCUACCCAAGGAUUAACCGACGAACAAGUCGCUGAACGCUUGGCCCGCUUUGGAAGAAACGAACUACCCGAUAUCAAGCGAAAUAAGCUGUUGCAUUUUUUAUCCUUUUUCAACGGAGCCAUUGCGUAUUUGAUGGAAAUCUCCAUUAUUUUGACAGCCAUUACUCAAGAUUGGAUCGAUUUUGGGAUUAUCUUGGGGAUGCUGAUUAUCAACGCUGUUAUUGGAUACGUAGAGGAAGCGAGAGCCGAUUCGGCUGUGGCGGCCCUGAAAGGCUCGCUCGCGUUGAAAACCCGAUGUUGGCGUUCCAACCAAUUGCAACAAGUCCCUGCCGCUGACCUAGUAGUGGGAGACAUUCUGGUCCUCCGAUUAGGUGAUAUUGUGCCUGCGGAUGCGCGAUUGCUGGGCUUAGCCCCGACCGGUGAACCCACCGAAACGGAGUUACAAGUGGACCAAAGUGCAUUGACCGGCGAAUCGUUACCGGUGAAAAAACGAGCUGGCGAUAUUGUCUACUCUUCCUGCAUAGUGAAGCAAGGCCAUCAAUUGGCGAUUGUUAUACGUACGGGGCCUCAUUCAUUUAUCGGUCGAGCCGCCAGUUUAAUGACCGUCACUACCAACGCCGGCAAUUUUCAGAAAGUCAUCAACUACAUUGGCAACUUCCUGAUUAUCGCCUCGGUGGCUCUCGUCGCCAUUAUUUUUAUCUUUGAUCUGGUAGAGCAAAAGUUGCAAACAGGCACGGUAACCACGGAACAUGUCAUGGAAGCUUUGAAUGAAAUGGUUGUCUUGACCAUUGCUGCUAUUCCUGUAGGGUUACCUACCGUCAUGUCUGUUACGAUGGCUAUUGGUGCGAAGCAGUUGGCAAAGCGACAAGUGGUUGUUAAACGAUUGACGGCCGUGGAAGAAUUGGCAUCGGUGUCCAUUUUGUGCAGCGAUAAGACGGGCACCUUGACUCUGAACGAACUCACGUUUGAUGAACCUCAUGUUGUUCCUCCGUUUACAAAGAAGGAGAUCCUGAUGUAUGCCUUUUUGGCAUCGGAAAUUGGGACCAGCGAUCCCAUUGAAUCGGCUAUUCGGUCAGCCGCCGAAAGGGCCCUUCCCGGAAUUUCGGCCGAUCAACAGGUGGAAGGCUAUAGUGUCAAGGAUUUCGUCCCAUUCAAUCCUGUGGAUAAAAUGUCUCAGGCGACGGUGCAUGAAUCGUCUACAGGCAACGUAUUCCGUGUUGCAAAAGGGGCGCCUCAAGUGAUUCUUCAGCUUGUGGGCGGCCGUUCAGAUAUGGAAGAAUUGGUCGAAUCUCAAGCUGCACGCGGGUUGCGAUCGCUUGGGGUUGCGCGGACGAGACCUGGGACGUUGGAUGAAUGGGAACUGUUGGGCAUGCUUUCGAUGAUUGAUCCUCCACGGUACGAUUCCGCCGCGACGAUUAGUGAAUGCAGUAAAUAUGGCAUCACGGUAAAAAUGAUGACGGGUGACCAAGAAUCCAUUGCCAAGGAAGUGGCAGGCCGUCUAGGCAUGGGACAGAGGAUUUUGAAUGCACAGUACCUUGUGGACACUGAAAGAUCGGAAGCGGAGGUCACAGAACAAUGUAUGAUGGCGGACGGAUUUGCAUGCAUGAUUCCAGAGCACAAGUACAAGGUGGUGGAAUUGCUUCAAAAUCGAGGAUUUUAUGUGGCAAUGACAGGAGACGGUGUGAACGAUGCUGCUGCACUGAAAAAGGCGAACGUUGGUAUUGCCGUUCACGGAAGCACGGAUGCUGCCCGAGCUGCUUCAGACAUUGUACUUAUGGCGCCCGGAUUAUCAGCGAUUAUUGAUGGCAUCAAGACGUCGCGUGUCAUAUUUCAGCGAUUACAUUCGUACGCUUUGUACCGUAUCACAUCGACCAUUCACUUUCUUCUAUUCUUCUUUAUUGUGACCUUGGCGGAAGAGUGGAAGAUGCCACCUGUUUUCCUAAUUUUGAUCUCGGUGUUGAACGACGCAGCAACCUUGAUCAUGGCGGUGGACAAUGUCGCCAUUUCUCCACGACCUGACCUGUGGCGCUUACGUCUCUUGAUCUGCUUAUCGUGCAUUUUGGCCCUUCUGUUGGCAGGAUUUUCGUUUGCCCAUUUUUACGUUUUCAGAGACGUACUGCAUGCCACGCCGGAGGAACUCAAUACCAUCAUGUAUCUCCACAUUUCAUCCGCUCCUCAUUUUGUUAUUUUCUCCACUCGCAUCGAUACCUUUUUCUGGCGCAAAAUGCCGUCGUGGCCUUUUACUGCGGUGGUGCUUGGUACUCAGGUAGUGGCUCUCAUUCUUUCGGUUUACGGCAUAUUUGGACAAGUCCCGAAUGUCGCUCCCAUUGGCUGGCCUCGAGCGUUGAUCAUUCUGGCCAUCUCUUUGGGCACGUUUGUGGUUGUCGAUAUCUUGAAAGUCAUUACCAUCCAGCUGUGGAAUCGUUGGACGUUGGCCCCUUCGCGUUCUUCCACCAGCGUACCAACGAAAAAGUCUUCAAAGAGUCGCGCUCAGAUCUUUAUGCAAAAUCAAGAAUACAGAUCGCGUACUGGAUAUGACCGAGCGGAACGAAGAGAUUCCAUCAGCUCGGUGCAAUCGUAUUAAAAAAAUUGUGUGUUCCAAAUCCCCUUGUACUAUUUAUUUACCCA